UCAUUUCAAAUAUAUAGUUUUGCUUGUACACGCAGCUAGCUAGCUCUCGAGAACCCAGGGGCAUAGCCCCCCUUUACGGCUUUCGGUUAAAGGUGUAGACCACAACUGGCUCACUGUAAACUAUAAAUAAAUCCCGACACUGUUUUAACGGUUCGAAACAUAACAUAUCGUUUGCGAUAAGGUUUUGGAAACAUUUGGGACUUAACUUUCACAUUAGCAAGAAAUAAUAUGUCAAAUUCCAAAAUAUACAUUUGUGAAUCGCAAAUCGAGCAUCACCGGGUUACAUGUUGGUGUGCCAACGUUUCCAAAUGUUCUUGAAUUUCGGAUUUCGUUUUAAAGUAGUUAUAUAUGGCAGAGCACCCAGCGAAUAAAGCGAGAUAUCUCACUUUGUUACCAAGCCGGGAGGCAGCCUGUGGUCAAAACGAGUGCAAUCAUUUUUACAAGGAUUAAACGCCCCCUACCGGGUGAGCUAAAUCGAACUCCUUCCAUUGGAUUUUUUUUUUUUUUUUACACAGCAGGGUGUAACUUUGAUAAACUGUACAGUAAGCGUAUUUUUUAUAUGAAAGUUAGCUGCAAUGUGUAACUUUUUGGCCACUGGGUCAAAUUCCCUUAGAAAUGUGUUAUAGAUCUGUCAUUCUCAUUGAAAGCAAGUCUAAGAAGAGGUAGAUAUGUUAUAUGUGCGAAUUCUGUGCUUACGUUUCCUUUUUGCAUCUUUACUUUAGGUUUUGUACACCAUUUUCAUUCAAACAAAUGAAAUUACAAUAUUUUUGGUUAUGGAAGAUAUUUCACAACGGUUUAGAUGGUACAAUGAUUCUCUAGACUAUACUUGCUGUUUUGUCAGAAACUGACAUUUUUAUUAAGUUCCAAAUAUUUCCAAAACCCAAUCGAACUGAGGCGUAUUUACGUUUAGACCGAGCAUUUGGGUAGGUCAGUACAUUUCCCACUGCAAAAAGGAUGUGGAAUGCCAUAGUGCCCCACAGUGGAGGUGUCAUAAUACCCAUAACCUAACAGUCAAACAGGAAAUUGGUUCCAAACGUUUUCCACCCAUCUAAAAAUCCCCUAUGUGAAAAAUGAAAUUCUUAAAAUAAGUGCUGUGUUUCGUGUAGACUUACCCUGGCGUUAUGUUUUGAUAACCAUGUUCUAUCUCGGACAAGGUGAUUUGUCAAUAUAUUCUAUUCCAUUAACUCUGAUUCGAAAAUGCUAAUUAGGAUCAAAGUAGACAUCAUGCAAAACUACAAAUCCCUGCAAGCACUUGCAAACCAUCGCAAGCUGACACCUUUGCUAACAGGUACUGUGUCAAUUUAAAACUUGCACGAGACAGUUCACAGAAUUGUCCAUUUAAAAGAAAUUCAGCCAAUUUAUUCAUUACUACAUUUACCUAACAUUAGAUAAUUCAUCUAGUUAAUUUUGCCUUGAUUCGGCAGUCUCGUCCAGAACAUCAUGACAUUUGUAGUUUUUAAUGAGCCAUUUAUGAUAGCCAUAUUUUGAAGGCACGUAUAAGUAACAACUGCACGAGGACAGGCAGUGGCUGACACACACGUUACAAAUAGUAGCUAGCUAGAAAUUGAGCUAAAAUGAGUUUUUCCAAAGAAAAGGAAGUAGACAAUGAAUGUAGGGUGUUCCAGCAAGAGUGGACUUAGAAAUAUUUCUUUAUUGAGGUAUCAGGGAAAGCUGUGUGCAAGGAGAGCAUCACUGUCUUGAAAGACGACAACUUAUCCCGACACUUUCAAAUGAAGCAUGCAGAGAAAUAUAGGAAUAUGUCUUCUGAGCAGAGGGCAAGUGCAUCGAAAUAGUUGCAAAAGCAGCAAGGACUUUUCACAAAACUGCAUUCAGCAAACGACGGAAUUGCGAGUGCUAUCUAAGUACUGUCCUACACAAUUGCUAAACAUAGCAAGCCAUUCGCUGAAGGCGAAUUCAUUAAAGAAUGUUUAAUUGACUCUGCAGCAAUACUUUGCCCCGACAAGAAAGCUGUUUGAAAAUGUUUCCCUGUCAAGACGAACGGCGACACGGCAUGUUGAGGACAUCACAGAGAAUAUGGAACAACAGUUGAAAGACAAGGCAAAGGAUUUCACCUAUUUCUCCUUGGCCCUGGAUGAGAGCAGUGAUGCAUGUGACACGGCGCAAGUUGUUGAUAUUCUUAUGAGGCAUAACCCCAGACUUUGAAAUGGCAGAGGACUUUGCUUCGGUGCAGUCAAUGAAGAGCACAACCACAGUGAAAUAUUCAUUGGAGGAGAUUAACAAGUGUGUGACCACUGAUGGGUGCCCCAACUUCACAGGAAAAAAACGUUGGCUUUUUGAAAAUGAUACAAGAACAAGUAGCUGAGCUGAACCCAGAUCAGAACAUUAUUUUCCUGCAUUCCAUUAUUAAUCAGCAGGUGCUCUGUAAAUGUGUUCUGAAAAUGAGCCAUGUUGUGCAUGCAGUCACUAAAGUGGUAAACUUCAUGAGAGCAAAAUCUUUAAACCACAGGAAAUUUGUCUCACUGUUGGAAGAGACCGAGUCGGAUCAUGCAGAUUUCCCCUUACACAAACGUGAGAUGGCUCAGUUUGGGGAAGGUGCUUAAAAGGGUGUGGGACCUGAAGUCGGAGAUUGCUGAGUUUUUGCAAAUUAAAGGAAAAUAUGUGGAUUUCCAUCAACUGCCAGAUAAAGAAUGGUUGGCUGAUUUUUGCCUUCACUAUGGACAUGAUGGCCUUCAUGAAUGAACUGAAUUCCAAACUACAAGGAAGGGCCUUUUUACACAUCAGAUGUACAGCCUUGUCAAAGCCUUCAAGGUGGGUUGUACCAGAGCUGGUAGGCCAGGCCCUGGCAACAGUGCUGAUGCUUGUCUCCCUGCACUGGUUUGUCUUCCUACUCAACCUGCCUGUGGCCACCUGGAACAUGUACAGGGUUUGGAAGGUGCCCAUGGGAAACAUGGGGGUGUUUGACCCCACUGAAAUCCACAACCGGGGACAACUAAAGUCUCACAUGAAAGAGUCCAUGAUCAAACUCGGCUUCCACCUGCUCUGCUUCUUCAUCUACCUGUACAGCAUGAUCCUGGCACUGAUCAACGAUUGAGAUCCUCAUGGCUGUUUUAAUCCAAUCGGCCAAAUCACAAACUAUUCAGAAUGUGGUGUUCAAUAUGUCCUGGUCCUCAGUCCUCUGCUCAGCUGAAGUCACCUGACAUUACACUCCCCUUGGACACCUAAUCAUUGCUCAGCCCCCUCCCCUCCAUUACGUACUUCUGUGUUCUCAUAACUGCCCUGGAAUUGUGUGAGUGCGUGCUUUCGUUCAGCCUGUGUCCAACAAUGCUGUCCAUGCACUGCUCCUCUGGGCAGAUGGAAAACAUGACAAUCAUACAGGCAAGAUGGUGCAUACGAUUGGCUAACAUAUUUUCAGCCAAGAGCCAAUCACAAAAGCUAGCACAUCCUCUUGCAGCCUGCCAAACAUCAUCUUUGAUAUGUCAAUGCCAUAUUUGAUUAUCAUAUUUAUUUUUUUGUCUCUUGUCAACAUGCUGGAAAAUCCUUAAAUCCUUGAAUAUCCUUUGCAGAAUACUAACCUGUGUUUUGGAGAUUUAUUUCUAUAUUUUCUUGGUCUCUUAACAUCAAUAAGUUGUAGAUCUGACAUUCCCUGACUGCUGAAAGUUGCACAUUUGAUUGGUAUUAUAAAAGUGUUCUCAGGGGAAUACAUGCACCUGGAUUGGAAAAUGUUUUUCAACCCUAUUUUUAUCACUCGACUGUGUAUCAAUGGGCAAUAUAACCUCGAUUCAAUCCGUAGCACUGAAGAGCAAUUUCCAAUUGAGCUGAUGUAUAGUGCUUCAGAUUGAAUCAAAUCCCUUGUCUGUAUUAUAUUUCACUAUGUAUGUUAUUUGUGCAGUUUGAGAAUGACCAUGUUCCAGCCAAAUGUGUUUCUCCAUGGGGAAAGGGUGCGUGUUCAGAUUGUAUUAAAUCAAACUAAAAUUACUCGUUUUUUGUGGGGUUUCUUAAAUAAACUUGAAAGAGAACAA